GUUCGAGCGCAAAUUGCUCCCAGGAAAGCUCCUGGUCUCACCAGACACUGAUUGUUCUACCUGUGCUAAAAAAUAUUUAUCAUCACAGCAACACUAAACUUCCGUUCAUAGCCAGAGCUACUAACAGUGCAGGAUCUGGCGGAAGUGGUGGACCACGCGAUCGAUCAGGUCACCCCAGGGAUGCAGUCAAUGGCUUCCGCCUCGCUGGAAGGAGACUUCCAAAUCAUAUCGUCUCUGCGCUAUGAUCCUGCGCUUCGAAGCUUGAGCACUGAGAAAGCCAAGGACAAACAUUUCCACCCUUCCAGCACGCCAUACUACCUGCUUCCCUACCAUCAGGCACGGCUUCGUAAUGCGGCAGAAUGCUUCGGUUGGAAGGAGGCUCUGUCAUUUCUACAAAAAGAUCUCACCCAACUCUCUGAAUACCUUGAUGCUCACAUCUUGGACAAGACGAGACCUUGGCGCAUUCGGAUUGUCAUCGAACGCACAGGAGCUUGCACUGUCGAGGUCAACCCGACAGCAUCGAUUGACCCAUUGAACAUGCUCAUCCCCAAUCGAGAACAUACACAAUCAAACCUAUGGAAUAUCUAUGUGGAUACAGGGUAUAUAACUCCGUCCGCGUUCACGAGGCACAAGACUACCGCUCGCGAUUUCUACAAUGCUGCACGGGUCAGAGCGGGGAUCAUGUCCCCGUUAGACCAGGCUGAGGUACUGCUUGUAAAUCCCGAGGGUCAAGUUAUGGAAGGGAGCAUCACCACACCCUACUUCCGGCGCAGGCGACCCGUAAGUAAGGGCGAGAGCCUAGAGAGUGAUACUGAGCCAGACUGGGUCACGCCUCUCCUCUCAAGUGGUGGUAAUGCAGGCACAACAAGGCAAUAUGCCUUGGCUGAAGGGUUCUGUGCAGAGGAGAUUAUCGAAGUUGCUGAAUUGAUCGAUGGCGAAGUGUGUUGGCUCAGUAACGGUGUCCGGGGCUUCAUCCGUGGUAGAAUUGUCUUGAAUAGACGAUGAUGGGCAGUCCUAGAAUCACACAAUCGUCGAGAAUGUCCACAUAUGAGCAAAAUAAUUUGCAGAUGUGAAACUCAAUUGGUCUAUCCAAAGAACUGCAAAUAGAACCGUUUCCAUGCUGCGCUAUAGUGCAGCCACGAAUACUUUAGGGUGCAAUUCCUUCGCGAGGCCAGUAUCUUGGGUCAAGGGAGGCAUCAUAUACAAUUGAAGAGAGGAGGUAGAUGGGUC